AUGGACUUUGAAAUGAGGAGGAAGGGGCCACGUGCCAAGGAUCACAGGCAGCUGCGAGAAACUCAGAAAUGCAAGAGAACAGAUCCUCCCCUCAGCGCAGCCUUGCCCAUUCUAAAAUGCUUCCUUCAUCAACAGGAGGGAACUGGGUCUCAAGAGUACCUUCCAGUCACCACUCUCACGAGCAUUAUCAUCAUCAGCAUCACCACCAUCAUUACCAUCUUCAUCAUCAACACCAUCACCAUCACCACCACCGCCACUACCACUGUCACUGUUACACCUGUUAUCACCACCAUCAUCACCAACACAUCAGCAGUGGCAGCAGAAGCAUCACCAUCACUGUUAUCCUCACCACCACCCAACUACCUUCACUGGGCGGCAGAAAAGGGUGGGGCCGCCUCUCUGCAGCAGAGGCAGCGGAGACAGCGGCUGCAGCAUCGUCUCCCGCCCGCGCUGGCCGAGGAAGCAGACACGAUCUUCGCCGGAGCAGCUGAGCUCUCGAAGGCGUUUGCAGCCGGUAAUCCAGGGACUUCACAGGCACUCAGCGUUAGCUUCCCCCGGGUGUGCUCGGAGGGAGAAGGACGAGGCAGCAGGCGGAUUGGGAGAGAAAGCGGUGGGGACCGCACUGGCGGCGAGUACCAGCCGUCGGACGCGCCCUUCGAGCGUGAGACCCAGUACCAGAAGGACUUCCGCGCAUGGCCGCUGCCGCGCCGCGGGGACCACCCCUGGAUCCCCAAGCCCGUACAGAUCCCCGCGCCUUCUCAGGCUUCCGCCCCUGUUUUCGGGGCGCCCAAGCGCCGGCCACAGAGCCAGGAGCGCUGGCCGGUGCAGAUCUCUGCUGAGGCCCCAGAGCCGGAGGCGCCUGGGGAAGUCGGUGUCCUAGCCGCAGGGAAGACGUCGGGUGCAGAGGAGCGAGACACCCGUAGAAAGGCAGGGCCCGCCUGGGUGGUGCGUCGCUCCGAGGGCCACGAGCAGACGCCACUGCCGGCCGUCCAGCCCCAGGCAGGAGCUGGUGGCCCAGCGGCUGGAAGAGCAACGAGUGCAGAGGAGCGCGACACUCGCAGAAAGGCCGGGCCUGCAUGGAUGGUGCGUCGCUCCGAGGGCCAGGAGCAGGCGCCACAGCCCGCCUCUCAGGCCGAGGCCACUGAGGGUGGCAAGGGGCGUGCGGCUGCGGACGCCCUUAACCGGCAAAUCCGCGAGGAAGUGACGAGUGCAGUGAGCAGCUCCUACAGGAAUGAAUUCAGAGCAUGGACGGACAUCAAGCCUGUGAAACCAAUAAAAGCCAAGCCCCAGUACAAGCCCCCAGAGGACAAGAUGGUUCAUGAGACCAGCUACAGCGCCCAGUUCAAAGGGGAGGCCAAUAAGCCAACCACAGCUGACAAUAAGGUCAUUGAACGCAGAAGAAUACGCAGCCUCUAUAGUGAACCUUUCAAGGAACCCCCAAAGGUGGAGAAACCUAGUAUUCAGAGUUCCAAACCAAAAAAGACCUCAGCGAGCCAUAAGCCCCCAAGGAAGGCCAAAGACAAGCAGGUGGUGUCGGGCCAGGCUGCCAAGAAAAAGAGCACGGAGGGCCCCAGUGCCACCAAACCUGAUGACAAGGAGCAAAGUAAAGAGAUGAACAAUAAACUGGCUGAGGCUAAAGAGAGCCCAAUCCAACCCACCGACGAUUCCUGUGAGAAUAAAGGUCCUAUAGCCACAGAGCCAGACAAGAAUAAAGGUCCUGUGGUCUCAGGGCUUCUGAAAGGUCAAAGUACUGUGAUCCAAGAGGCUCCAAAGGAUCAAGGCCCCAUAGUACUGGGACUUCCAAAGGAUCAAGGUCCUGUGGUCCCAGGGCCUCCAAAGCAUCAAGGUCCCGUGGUCCCAGAGCCUCCAAAGGAUCAAGGUCCCGUGAUCCCAGGGCCUCCAAAGGAUCAAGUUCCCGUGGUCCCAGGGCCUCCAAAGGAUCAGGGUCCCAUGGUCCCAGGGCCUCCAAAGGAUCAAGUCUCCAUGGUCCCAGGGCCUCCAAAGGAUCAAGGUCCUAUGGUCCCAGUACCAAUCAAAGAUAAAGGUCAUGUGGUUCCUGAGCCUUUAAAGAAUGAAGGUUCUGUGAUAUCAGCACCAGCCAAGGACCAAGGUCCCUUGGUUCCAGAUCCUCUGAAGAAUCAAAGUCCUAUGGUUCCAGAAAGACUUAAGGAUCAAGGUUCUGUGAUAUCAGCACUUCCAAAGGAUCAAGGUUCUGUGGUCCUAACACCCAUCAAGGAUCAAGGUUCUAUGGUCUUGGCUUCUAACAAAGAUCAAGGUUUCAUGGUCCCAGAGCAUUGGAAGGAUCAAAGUGCCAUGGUCAUAGCAUCUGUAAAGCAUCAAAGUCCUGUAGUCCCUGAGUUUGUAAGGGACCAAGACCCCAUUGUCCCAGCAGUAACCAAGAAUCAAGGUCACACAUUCUCAGAGCAUCCAAAAAAUCAAGGUCCUAUAAUCCCAGUGCCUCUGAAAGAUCAAGAUCCUCUUGUGCCAGCACCAGCAAAAGACCAAGGUCCUGUGGUCCCUGAAACUCUGAAGACUCAAGGUCCCAGGGCCCCUCAGCUGCCCACUGUCUCACCUCCACCCCCAGUCAUGAUCCCAACUGUCCCUCAUGGAGAAUAUACAGAGGGGUCUCCUUGACAUGCACCUCUUGACAUGCCACUGAAGCAGUUGGCAGUGAAAGUGCACCCCUCCCAGGGGCAGUGAAGAUACAUAUUUAAUCUGCAUGAAUUAUGUGCUGUGUAGUCUUGCUGGAGUCAAAUAAAACUGGUCCC